ACAAAACAACUCACAUUCAUUGUCGAUUUCUAAAAGUUACUCAACUUUUAAGCAACUCAGCAAAAAGCAUUAUCAAUUUAGAAAUCACCUAUAUAAAUAAACAAACCGCCAGUUAACUAAUUUCACAAUAAUUUUCCUACGUUUAGCGAUCGAAAUUCGUGUUUGCACGUGGUUUACAUGCAAAGUUAGAAGAAUGACUCAAGGUCGCCUUACAUCGUGUAUCCCUUUGCCGGUGGAGCACAAGUUAUUAGUGACCGUAAUCGAGAAGGCCAAGGAUUGGGCUUUGAUGCAUGGCGUUGGUAUGAGGGACAGGAAACACUUCACGAAAGAUGCCAUUCAGAUUGCUCCAUUUGUUCUACUUCCAUCUCCGUUCCCUCAGACAGAGUUUAACAAAGCAGUGGAAUUACAACCCAUAUUGAAUGAACUGAUGCACAAGGUGGCACAUGAUGACGAAUUUUUGACACGCACUCUACAGAAUGCACUACAAGUUGACGAGUUCACAGCGAGCCUAUUCGACAUAUGGGUCAAAGUUAGAGACGAAGGAAUGGCUCAGCCGAUCUCGCUAGGGAUGCUGAGAUCGGACAUCAUGCUGGAAUCGAGAUGCCCGCACACAGAGAACCAGUGUGCGAAACACACUCCUUAUUGUUCCUGGAAGCAAGUGGAGAUCAACAGUAUAGCGUCCGGCUUCGGCCACCUGGGGCCCACGCUUAGCCUUGGGCUGUUCCGAUCAGACUACUUGAUGCAAAAUCCUGAUGGCAAUCGUAUCAAACAAGUGGAAUUCAACACUGUGGCGUCCAGUUUUGGCGCGCUCACGUCGUACCUGCACGACAUGACUCGCUACAUCCUUCGACAGCUAGGCCAAGGUGAUCUCAUAAAAAAUAUGCCCGAAAACCGGGCCCUUUCUGGGCUCUGUUCCGGCAUAAUUGAGGCUUACGAUUUGUUCGGUGUGCCCAGUGCGAUAAUUUUGUUCGUCGUGGAGGAGAUAUCCUACAAUAUUUGCGAUCAGAGGUUCCACGAGUUCGAGAUAUCGGAGAAGCGUCCUGAAAUUAUGAUCUAUCGGAGAACACUAACUGAAAUCUACGAAGAAACUACACUGAACGAUAAGAAACAGUUAAUAUUAGACGGUCAUACAGUAGCGGUGGUUUACUACAGAUCCGGUUAUGAACCAGCGCAGUAUCCUUCCACAAGGGAAUGGGACGCAAGACUCCGUGUUGAAAGAUCCACAGCAAUCAAAUGCCCCUCGAUCCACUACCAAUUGGCUGGAACCAAAAAGGUGCAACAAGCGUUAGCCGCUCCAGGAGUGUUGGAAAAGUUCAUGGGCGCCGGAGCUGCGACUGGAAGAGUCAGGGACAUCUUCACGGGCCUAUACUCUUUGGACUUCGACGAGAAUGGAGAGAGGGCUGUGGAUAUGGCGUUAGCAGAUACCGAGAGAUUUGUGCUGAAGCCUCAACGCGAGGGUGGCGGUAACAACCUGUACGGCUCCGACGUGCGCGAGGCGUUGCUGCGCAUGCGUCACAGUCGUGAAAGAGCUGCGUACAUUCUCAUGGAGAGAAUAUUACCGCCUCUUGUUUCCGGAUACGUGGUUCGCCCCGGGGCUUCGGUGCCGCCGCCACUCACUGAUUUGGUAUCGGAAUUAGGCAUUUUUGGAGUUAUAAUCGGCACGAAAGACAAAAUCUACUGCAACCGUCAGGCGGGACACAUGUUACGCACUAAGCUGGCGGACGCCAACGAGGGAGGUGUCGCCGCCGGGCUGGGAGCGCUGGACUCGCCGUUCCUGCUGGAGAUGUAGCCCACCAUGCCAUAGAUAAACAGCUGAUCGAAUAAAUUAGCCAUUACAAUAGAUAAGGUCAUUCAGAAAUGCGAUCCUUGUACACCUUAAACAAAAAGCAUUUGCAGUCGAACAUGCCAAAAGUACUCAAAAAUAAACAAUUCUUAUAGUUAUGUACUGUUCCCAACACAUAAUCAGUGGGUAAAAUCAGUUUAUUAACAUCAUAAAUCACGACUCUCUGGCCUUUAUUGUAAAAUUUGCAUUUGUAUACAAAACUAUCAUUCGUUUUAGUGUAUUGAAACACUAACAACACAGUAAACUGAAAUUUUAAGUACUAGGUUUAGGGCUUUUCUGUAUUAGGCUCGAAUUCGUCGAUAUUUCUACUGUUAGCGCACUUGGCGGAGCGCUUGUAAAAUAAAAAUCACUUGUGUCAGAAGUUUUAUACAAUUCUUAAACAAAAUAAAUUAAAUUUCUACCUCCUCCUACUCUAACUACAAAAUAAUUAAAUUUAUUUUUCUCAACACGCCAUUGUGUAAAAGGAUCGCGUUUUCCCGGAAUGACUUAACUUUUUCAUUUGUAUUUGCAUUUACCUUGUUCCUAAAUAUUUAUCUUUUUUACGAAGAGGUGUGGAGUGUUUUAAUUAUUUAAUUUAAUAAAACUUUUAAUUAAUUUGGAUAUAUUUUAAUUAAUUAUAAUUCUUCUGAAGUAAAAUUCAUAACUGGGUUUGGUGCAACUUAGCAUUUGUGUAUUAAUUCAUAAUAUAAUGUUGAUCUAGAACUAUUUGUAGAAAUUUUUGUAAUUGUAUUGAUUAUAUAAA